AGGAAAAUUUGACUAGGAGUCCACCUACUCACUAAUGAGUUAUUUAGGAAGCAAUGCCCCAUUUGUAAUUCGUUUGGGUCAAACAAUUUUCAGAUUCCAAUCCCAACAUCUACCUUCUCCCAGAUCUGCUCUGCACUGCAAUUCCCAAGCUUUAGCUAGAAACCUUAGCUUUACAAACAAGCCUUCACUGUCGGUUCCCCGAAAACCCAGAAUUUUGCUACUCAUCUCCUCCUAUUUUUUGCUUCUGUUUCUCUUUUGGCGAGCUUAUUGUUUGCAGAAAUGGCGUUAAAGGAACCCAAUUUCCAAAACCCAGAUUUUCCAUUUUAGCUUCUUCGGCUGCUGAAGGGGAAUGGAGACUGCUGAAAUGAAGCUGCCUUCCUACUUUGCUGCAUUUGCUUGCCUGUUCCUUUGCUGUAGUUCGGAAACAGUUUCCGACUUGAACUCCGAUGAGCAAGCCCUCUUACAAUUUUCUGCCACCAUUCCCCAUGGCCGUAAACUUAACUGGAGUGCUGCUACCCCGGUGUGCACUUGGGUUGGCAUCAACUGCACCAAGGACGGAUCCCGUGUACUAGGUGUCCACCUUCCUGGUGUUGGACUGCGUGGUCCAAUUCCAGCCAACACACUCGGAAAGCUUGAUGCUCUCAUGAUCCUCAGCCUUCGAUCGAAUAGUCUCAGUGGGAACCUUCCGUCUGAUGUACUCUCCCUUUCCUCUCUUCGUUACGUAUACCUUCAGCGCAACAACUUUUCAGGUGACAUCACUUCGACUGUCCCUCCCAAUCUGGAGGUUCUUGAUCUCUCUUUCAACUCCUUGACAGGAAACAUUCCGACUGCAAUUCAAAAUCUAACAAACCUGACUAGUUUAAACCUCCAGAAUAACUCCCUUACAGGAUUCAUUCCCAGUUUCAAUCUUCCAAGGCUUAAGCUGUUGAAUUUGAGCUACAAUGAUUUAAAUGGAUCAGUCCCAUCUUCCCUCCAAAGGUUCUCUGCUUCUUCUUUCGUUGGAAACCAUUUGUGUGGGCCUCCACUUAACCAGUGUCCUACAAUCACCCCUUCACCGUCGCCUACCCCCACUUACUUGCCUCCCCCAACAGUGCCGGAAAACCCGAGAGGGGACUCCCAGAAGAAAUUAAGUAGGCAUGCCAUAAUUGCCAUAGCAGUUGCAGGUUCUGCAGCACUGGUGUUUUUCUUGUUGCUAAUGCUUGUACUUUGCCGUUUAAAGAAAAAGCGUGAUCAAGGCAGGACACUCACAUCGAAAAUGAAAGGCGGAAGGAGCGAGAAACCGAAGGAAGAUUUUGGGAGUGGGGUGCAAGAGGCAGAGAAGAACAAGUUGGUUUUCUUUGAAGGUUGUUCAUACAAUUUUGAUCUUGAGGAUUUGUUGAGAGCUUCGGCUGAAGUGGUUGGGAAAGGGAGUUAUGGUACGAUGUAUAAGGCAAUUUUGGAGGAAGGAAUAACAGUGGUUGUGAAGAGGUUGAAAGAAGUAGGUGCAGGGAAAAGAGAAUUUGAACAACAAAUGGAAAUUGUUGGAAGGCUUGGUCUGCACCCAAAUCUUGUGCCCCUUCGUGCCUAUUACUAUUCGAAGGAUGAGAAGUUGCUGGUAUACGACUACAAAGCGGCCGGAAGUUUUUCCUCAUUAUUGCAUGGAAGCCGAGAAAGAGGACUUCCUCUUCUAGACUGGGAUUCGAGGGUAAAGAUUUCCAUGGGUGCAGCAAAAGGCAUUGCCUACAUCCAUUCUUCUGGUGGUGGAAAAUUCAUCCAUGGCAACAUCAAGUCCUCCAAUGUCCUCCUCACAGAGGACUUACAUGGCUGCAUUUCUGAUUUUGGAUUGACUCCUCUAAUGACUUUCCCAAAGGUUCCAUCUAGAAGUGCGGGAUACCGAGCUCCAGAAGUGAUUGAAACCCGAAAAUUUACUCAAAAGUCCGAUGUCUACAGUUUUGGUGUACUACUCCUAGAGAUGCUGACAGGCAAAGCGGUAAUCCAAUCAUCAGGGCGUGAAGAUGUGGUCGACCUUCCAAGGUGGGUUCAGUCUGUUGUUAGAGAGGAAUGGACGGCCGAAGUGUUUGAUGUAGAGCUGAUGAAGUAUCCAAAUAUCGAAGAAGAACUGGUGCAGAUGCUUCAGGUAGCAAUGACUUGCGUGGCAAGAUUGCCGGACAUGAGGCCUACAAUGGAGGAAGUGACUAGGAUGAUUGAAGAAAUUCGGCCAUUUGAGCCUGAGAGCCGGCCCUCUUCGGAGGACAAGUCCAAGGGCUCAGAUACACGAACCCCGUGAUUGUUGUAGCCAGGAUGUCGAUGUUGUGAAUUAAGAUUUAAAUAUGCUGGCGAAGAUUCAAGUUUCAUGUUGUUAGAACUUCAUCUUUGCAUCUUUCUCUAACAGUUAAAUUCUUCCCUGUGAUUGUUAGGAAAAUUUGUUUAAGGG